AUGGCGGGCCCGGGCCGCGGCAGGGGCGGCCGGAAGGGCCGCGGGGGCGGGCGCGCUGGUUCGGCGGGCGGCGUGACGAAGGGCAAGUCCCCGGGCAAGGGCCAGGGACGGGGGGGCGGGAGGGGCGGGCGCGGGGGCCGCGGGCCGAAGCCGAAGAGCAAGUCGCUGGCUGAGCUGGACAACGAGAUGCUGGACUACUGGAAGUCGGACCCGAAGAAGCAGGAGGAGUUGAAGGCCCUCAAGGAGCAGGAGAAGAAGAUCAAGGCGCAGCAGGCGGCCGCGAAGCUGGACGACGAGCUGGAGGACUACUGGAAGAACAAGGAGAAGGAGGGGGAGGGGGCCGAGGCCGCGGAAUGA